AAUAACGAAUGGAUUGUUGAUGACCUUGCAUUCGAAACGGUCCUCUUUGAAGGUAGCACAAGCGACUUCGACUAUCCCGUGGCAACGUUCACGUUUCAAAUCCAACGCCAAUCUUCAAUUUACGUUGUCACCAUAAUUAUACCUUCAUUCGUACUUACAAUACUCUGCGUGCUUGGGAUGUUCUGGCCUAAAUCCGAUCAAACUGAUUACUUAGGCCAAGUUGGGUGCGGCCUUUCGGUGGUCCUUGCAAUGUGCGCUAUCCUUCAGAUCGCUAAGCAGGAUAUACCCAAGACUAACGAGUUGCCCUCCUUGUCAGUUUACAUCAUGGUGAAUUUGCUCAUAGUGGCUGUUGCUAUAUCGUGUAUGAUCGUGUCGUCCAAGCUUGGCCACUCGUCAAAGUUCGGCAUGUGUCGCGCAUUCAAAAGGCACUUCCAUCGAUUGUUCCAUAGAUUGAACGUGGAGUUCCGAGUCAUUUGCUUGCUUAUGUUUACAGCAGCGACAAUUAUCAACCUACUGAUACUAAUAUUAAAAGUGUGAAAGACCUGCCGAUGUAGUUGUCCU